AUGUUCCAAGUAGAACAACCAUACUCUGGUUUCCGGGAAGUUUCUUCCUCUUCCUCUUUUAAUGUACAUUCAACAAUCCCUGACCGAUUCUGGUUCAAUCCAGCUGCCAAUCAAAUUGUUAUUUCCAAACUUCCUCCAACAGAUAGUUCCACUUUGGUUAUUGCUAAUAUUGUUCCUGGAGAAGCUGUUCCAAGUUUGAAUGUUAUUUACGAGCAGUUUAUUUUCCAACAAAGAGAUGCAUUCAAUCAAAACUGUCGAAAAGAUUGCGGAUAUCUUGAUUCAAAUCAAAUGCGGAGUGAAAGACAGUCGUUCUAUAACAGCCAGAUCCCACAGUUUACAUUGGCAAAGAAACACUUCAACGUUUUUUUUCAAAAUGAUAGGAAUCCAAAUGGGUUUCUAGUCGGUAAACAAACAUCUACUUCAAAACUUCCGUUUUGGAUGAAAAUUGUCACUCCUGACAAGUUUUCGUAUACUACAGUUAUGAUUGCCAAUUCGCCAAAGGAAGGUGUUCUUCAUUUGUUGCUCAGGCACGGUCAUCAGUUUCGAUCGCUAAGCAAAGAUAUUCUUAAAGUUCUUCCGUCUCAAAAUUUGAAGCAGUUGUGUCGAAAAAUCAGGGACUAUUCAGCGGGUCCAAUGGCUAGUAAAAAAGAGAUCGCCGAGCAAAAAGAGAAUCUGAACAAUCAGUUCCUUAUAGAAAUGAGCACCAUGGAAGAGGCAGAAUUUUCCGAUUUAUUGCACUUACAACGAGAAAUGCGGGAUGUGAUUCAAAAAAUUGUUCAGCAGGAAAACUAUUUGGGUGAAUCCAUUAACACUAAUGGACAGCAACAAGUUUAUUGGAAAUCGGGAAGUAACGAAGUGAUGGUUUUAGGUUUGUCCGAGCAAUUGUUUCUUGGAGAAAUUGAUGGGGAUAAUAGAGGAAGAAAGAGACCAAUCCGGAAAAUUAUCACUAUUUUUGUUACUGGCAUUCAGGAUUAUGAGAAAAAGAAGAACAAUAAGUGGCCUGUUACGAAGCUUUUUGGUUUGAAAAUGUGA